UUUUUAUGUAUUAUGGUCGAAGAAUAUCAAGAUUAUGAUGAUGGCAUAAAUCUGAACUCUGAAGUUCAAACUUCAACAUUACCACAGAACAAGUUGACCUUAUUAAUAUUAAUUAUAAAAAAUCAAGGUGGCGUUUAGGUUGGUUCAUUUUUAAUUUCUUUCAAUCAUACUGCCAUGUUACGUUUAUUUUGUACUAAACCGGUCAAUUUGUCAACACUACGUUCCUUCAUUACUAGACAACCAACUAAGAGUUAUUCAUCCCUCAUCAAAAAUGCAACAAGUAAAAAACCAAUUCCAGUAUCACCAAUCAAUUUAAGUAAAUUCAAUCCAAGAUGGAUGCUUAUUGGAUCUGUAGGCUAUAUUGGAUGUAAAUAUUUUCUUAACGGAAGUAAUAUAGUUCAUUGUCAACAUAUAGAACUAGAAUCAACAUCUAACAACCAUUUUGAUUGGAAUAAGUUGUUGUCUUAUUUGUCACCAGAUUUAUUAAAUUUAAUAGCUGCUAUUGCUACUGCAUUCAUUGUUGCUCUGUGCAAUUUAAGUAUUCCAAUCAACCUACAGCAUGUUAUAAAUACUAUACUUCAGUUUGCUAGAGAUGGAGUACCAUUUGAUUUUAAAAAACUUAGUGAUCCAUUGUCAAAACUGUUAGCGCUUUACAUAAUGCAGGGUCUAUCAACAUUCAUAUGUAUAAGCAUGUUGUCAAAAGUUGGAGAAAAUGUUGCUAUACGUAUGAGAUAUAAUCUUUUUUCAUCUAUACUUCAACAAGAGCUAGAGUUUUUUGAUAAAACUCGUACAGGAGAUAUUUUACAAAGGUUAACAACUGACGUACAAGAUUUUAAAAGUUCAUUUAAACUUGUAAUAAUACAAGGUCUUAAAAAUGCUACCCAAUUAAUUGGCGGAGUAUAUGCUUUAUAUAAUACAUCACCAGAAAUGACUGGAGCUGUAGCUAUUAUUUUACCAACUAUAAUUGUUAUUGGCACAUUUUUUGGUUCUAUUUUAAGAAAACUUAGCAAACUGGCUCAAGAACAAGGUACUAAAUCGACAAUUAUAGCUGAAGAAGUGAUUGGAAAUAUGAGAACUGUUCGUGCCUUUGCAUCUGAAUCUACAGAAUGUGAAAGAUUUUUAACAGAAAUUGAAAAUAAUGGAUUAUUGCAUAAGAAGUUGGGUUAUGGUAUUGGUCUUUUUCAAGCUAGUAGUAAUGUGUUCCUCAAUGGCAUUGUUUUGGGAACAAUAUUCCUCGGUGGACAACUUAUGACAACCAGCGCUCUUGAUCCUGGACAGCUUAUGUCUUUUCUCAUGGUUACCCAAAUGCUUCAACAUUCAUUAGGGCAAUUUUCAUUAUUAUUCGGUCAUUAUGUAAAAGGUGUUGCUGCAGGGUCCAGAAUAUUUGAAUAUAUUAACAAGAGUCCCAAAACACUGAUUAAUGAGGGUAUUAAGAUUCCACAUCAUUCUUUUAAACCAGAAAUUGAAUUUAAAGAUAUUACAUUUUCAUAUCCAACGAGACCUGAACAAGUUAUAUUAAAAGACUUCAAUCUUACUCUCCCUCCUGGUAAAGUGGUUGCUGUUGUUGGAUCUUCUGGCAAUGGUAAAUCUACUAUUGCUGCCCUUCUCAUGAGAUUUUAUGAUGUUGAUUCAGGAAGUAUAAUAAUAGAUGGGGUAGACAUUAAAAAGCUUGAUCAGACUUGGUUGCGUAAGAGAGUAAUUGGAUUAAUUAAUCAAGAACCAAUACUGUUUGCUAUGUCUAUCUUAGAAAACAUACGUUAUGGAAAGCCCGAAGCAACAGACAUUGAGGUUAUUGAAGCUGCAAAAAUAGCAAAUGCUGAUUCUUUUAUCACUUCUUUCCCCAAUGGUUAUAAUACAAUAGUCGGGGAACGAGGUGUAACUGUUUCGGGAGGACAGAAACAAAGAAUUGCCAUCGCAAGAGCUAUUUUGAAAAACCCAGCAAUACUUAUAUUGGAUGAAGCAACAAGUGCACUUGAUACCGAGUCUGAAAUGCAUGUGCAAUCAGCAUUAGAAUCUGUAUCGAAUGGAAAAACAGUUUUAGUGAUAGCUCAUCGAUUGAGCACUGUAAAGAAUGCAGAUGUUAUUGUAGUUUUGAAUAAAGGUGAAAUUGUUGAAGUUGGGGACCAUAAUACCUUAUUGAAAAAGAAAGGUUUCUAUUGGAAUUUGAUGAAUCAGCAGACAUCUGACAAAGCAAAUGCUGCAUAAAUUGUUAUACACAGCAAAGUUAAAUUGAAAAGGAACUUUGAUUAGAAUAUUGAUGUGCAUUUGAUGUACAAUAAUUGGGUGCAGGUAAAGAAGCAAUGGGUGCAAGUAAUAAUAGAAGUGGUAUCGAUUUCAGUAGUAAAAUAUGUUUAAAUCCUUAUUCAAGUUCCACAAAAUUUCCCAAAAUAUUUAUGUACCAUUUUUUUCUUAUAAUAUUCAAUACACAUGUCAUUGGUUAUAUAACAGAGCAACUAUAAUUUAAAAAAAUGAUAUUUUUCAUGAUUGAAACAAUACAAAUCUAUAAUUAAU